AUGCAAUUCGAACAGUUCGGAAAGUCCAAAGGAAUCACCACAAAGCAACAAUAUGCACUAAUGAUUGAGCUGUUACAGCAAAAACCAGAAAUGGCGCAGGGUUUUACCAAGCUAAGGAGGCUAAAGGAGCAGUCAGCUACUGGUGGCGGCAGAAAUAGGCAGCACCAUUUCAAUGAAUUGGAAGAAGCGGUGAUAGCACUAACGGCAUUGGAAACCAGUACAAGUGGUAUUGCGAAUACAGUAAGCAUCGGCUUACCUAUUGUAGCAGACGUGAGCAAUGAGACAGAGGCAGACGUAUCGAUGCCAUCAGUGACCUGCAGUCCAGCACUGCCUAGACGUACUACUAGGCCACCGGAAAAAAGUACAGCCGAUUUAUUAAAAGAACAACUUGAUAUUCAAAAAGAAUUCCAGGAAAAGGUUCUCGACAAUUUGGACGACCUUUCAUUACGUAUGCGACGAGUAGGCAGAGCAUUGGAAAUGCAAAAUGGUUUAAAAAAAGCGGAAGUUGAAGAAUUUAAAAGACACAACAUAGCUAUGGAAAAUUUGGUAGCUGCUAAAAAUUCAAUUAAACAGCAAAUGUUAGAGGAUAUUAUACUCGUGUAA